AUGGAUCAUGGUGAGACUAUACAUACUGUUACCUCAUAUCAUUAUGGAGGCAUACAUCUAAGAAAUCACAAAUUAUGUCUUUUUGAUCAACUUGCACCUGGAAUUUGCAUAACACCUAUCUUCUUUUACAAGAACAACAACAAUAUUAUCGAUAAUCGUCUCAAGAAAUCCCUCUCGGAAACCCUAACCCUUGCUGGCGAGCUUAGCUCACAAGAUGAUUCAACUUUUGUGAAAUGUAAUGAUGACGGAGUUCUUUAUGUGGAGGCUUGUGUAAAGGAUAAUGUUUGUUUGGAUGAGUUUAUUCGAAAUCUUGAUCUCUCACAACUCAUAAACUUCCUUCCACAACAUGCAAGCAUGGGUAGCAAAAUGAACUAUGUUCAAACUCUUGAAACCCUAGUUUCUAUACAAGUAACUAGGUUUCAUUGUGGUGGAGUCGCGAUUGGUGGAGUCUUGUUUCAUAGACUCUUAGAUGGAGAUUCCAUGAGCAAAUUUUUCAACACGUGGGCUAAGAUAACACGUGGUGAUCAUAAUGAUGACAUCGCGUCUCUUGAUUUCACAUCAUCAUCACUACUAUUUCCACCUCAGAAUCUUCCUCAAGAGUUUUUAGAAACCAAUAAAACGAUAUUUUUCCACGAGGAAAAGACUCUCGUUAGAAGAUUCGUGUUCAAUGCCAAAGCAAUCGAAGCCAUUAAGAUGAAAGUGUCUAGUGAAAAUGUACCUAAUCCAAGUCGAGUCGAGGCAUUGCCUACUUUCAUAUGGAAGCACUUGAUUCUAGCUACAAGAACAACAAAGGGAGUUAGCUUAAGCACUCCAAUCAUGGUGGCACAUGUUGUGAACUUGAGAUCAAGAAUUGAACCAAAAUUGCUUAAUGCAUUUGGGAAUUUAGUCUUUGUAGCAACUAGUGAAGUUAUAGAAAUGAGUAAUGAUUAUGAAUUGGAAUUGCCUCAUUUGUUGGGAAUAGUGAGAGAGAUCCUUGAGAAUAUGAAUAGUGAAAACUUGAAGGCUUUGGAAGGAGAUGAUGCACUUAAUGGUAUUGUGGAUAUGGCAACACAAGUUGGGAGUUUGUUGCCACAAUUAGAUACUUAUAAGUUCUCAAGUUGGUGCAAUUUUGGACUUUAUGAUGUUGAUUUUGGAUGGGGAAAACCUAUUUUUAUUGCUCCAUUUAUUGAACCUAUUAGCUCAUUAAAUAAACAACAAAUUAUUCUUGUGGAAAAUGGAAGAAAUGAUGGAAUUGAAGCUUGGAUUCUUAGAAACAAUGAGGAAAUGAUUGAGUUGGAGAAAGAUGAGGAAUUUCUAACAUAUGCAUCUCCAAAUCCUAAAAUCCACUAG